AUGGCGUUUGCACAGAAAGAGAGUGAAUCUCUGAAGAGCUUUCCGUCAUGUCUUCAGACCAUUCCUUCACGCGUGGCAUUAAAUCCAGCGCCCGCUGCCGCUCUGCUCUCCGCUUCAGUAACACCAGCCACCCGUUCAUCUGGAAUCACACAUGUGACAGACGGAGGUCUUCCGCCUACACCUCUCUCUCUUCAUCUCUCCUCCAACACACUCCUGGCUCCUGUCUGUCUCCAGCUGUACACGUUAUCUGUGAUCAUGUCACAUCUUCCCAUGAGUCCUGCUCGAGACCCCUCCACUGACUCCAAGACCUCCUCGAAACACGAAGAACUCAAUCUACAGGACGGUGACGUCACUGUUAACAUCUCCGCUGAUGACACAGAUGUCUCUGGGUUGAGAUUCUGGCCAUCAUGUCCGUCACGGCUGGCCUUCAUAACAGCCCUCAUACCCGCAGUCGUCAUCCUCACCGUCUGUAUCGCCAUCACAGUGAAGUUUGUGUGUUUCCCGGAUCACUCACGAGACGUUUACACCAGCGCUGAGAACUGCAGCAUCACACAGACGCCCUUCUUCUCAGUCAAAUCUCCGUCUGAUCUCAGCGUCAACAUCACCUCAGAUUGCUCCUCAUCGACGAGCGGCGGGUCUCGUGAGUCACGUAUUGUUGGUGGCACAGAGGCGCUGAGGGAUCAGUGGGGGUGGCAGACCAGUUUACAUUGGCAGGGUAAACACGUGUGUGGAGGAGCUAUCGUCACCUCCCGAUGGGUCAUCACAGCCGCUCAUUGCUUUAUACAAUACAACAUGAUGGAGGAGUCUGACUGGGUGGUGGUGAUUGAUACUGUGAGCGUGUCUGAUCCAUCUCAAGGCAAGCGCUAUAACACAUUAGAGAUACACCCUCACCCUAAAUUCUCUGAGGACACCAACGACUACGACCUGUGUCUGCUGCGCACGCAGUCUGCCAUGAUGAUGGGAGACAAUGUGAGACCCGUGUGUUUACCUCGUCUGAGAGAUUCCUUUCCACCCGGAUCCUCGUGUUGGGUCACAGGUUGGGGUUACACACGUGAAGGAGGUUCUCUGUCAUCACACCUGAGGCAGGCUCUCGUUGAGGUCAUCGAUCAGCCAUUGUGCUCGCAGCCAUUCGUCUAUGGAUCCCUACUCACUCCCAGAAUGCUUUGUGCAGGUGUGAUGGAGGGAGGAGUGGACUCGUGUCAGUUGGAUGAUGAUGAUGAUGAUGAUGAUGAUGUGGUGGUUGUGCGUCAGGGUGACAGCGGCGGUCCUCUGGUGUGUAAAACUGAAGCAGGUGACUGGAGGUUGGCUGGUGUGGUGAGCUGGGGUGAAGGUUGUGGAAGACGCAACAAACCGGGCGUCUACACCCGAGUCACUCAACUUCUGCAAUGGCUAGAUCUUUAUGUCAAUGAAGACAGUGAAUUCUCAUCGACUACUUCACAAGAUAACACAUUCUGA